UGUCUGUUUGGCUGUUCCCUCCCUUGCCAGCACUCUCAAACCACCUCUUUUGCUCCUUCCAAAUCUCUCUCUCUCUCUCUCAUUCUUGCUCUCCUCCUUCUAUUUUUAUUAAUUUUUGCAGCUUUAUUUUUGGUAAAGGGGUGAAGAACAGCCAAAAGGAAAGGUAAUGGAGGUGGAGAAGCUCUGCUCUGUCAGUGCUGUUGUGCAGAGGGUUAUGUGCUGUUCGAUUCUCUGGGCUGCCCAGAGAUCUCUUCUUUUGCUUCUUUUUCUGAGUGGGAUGGCUCUCCCUGACAUCAACGCAUUUCCAUCUCCUUUAGCGACAGACAAAAGAUUUCCGUUUGGCGAUCUUAACAAUGCUACAAAAUCUGAGGAAACCAAGGAUGCUAGCGAUAGUGAUGACAGCGAGGAAGACGAUGAGGAUGAGGACAACGAUGUUGAUGCUGACGACAAUGAUGAGGAUGAUGAUUAUUCUGGAGAAGGAAGUGACGGCGAUGACGAUGGAGAUCCUGAAGAUGAUGUCGAGGCUAAUGGUGAUGGAGGCAGCGAUGACGAUGACGACGAGAAUGAUGACGACGAUGAAGAUGAUGACGACGAGGAUGACGACGAUGAAGAAGAGGACGAGAGUGAUGAAGAGGAAGACAAGCGACCAUCAAAGAAGAAGAAGUGAACAGUGUCUUGGUUUCUUUUUCUUUUGGUUAGGAGCAUGCAGAUUCUACAUUUUAGGGGGUCCUCCUUUGUAUCCUAGACCAUAUUUUUUCUCCGCAGUUGCCAAGAAACAUCGGCUCAUGGACUGAAAUUGUGUAACUGUUGGAAUCUUCACUUAGUUACUAAGUUUGGCCCUGUGUCCAAUUGUUGCUUGUUGUGUAUUAUCUUGACAUUAUUAUUUCAUUAGAGGAAUUUAGGUAUGAUC